CCCAGAUUUGUUACUACGAACUCGCACUGUGACUAUCUCGGAACUUCACUCAGCACCAGCUUGUUAGUCGUCCUUGUGCUCCCUCUGAUUGAUUUCCAUGGCGCCCCAUCCUCUUAUCAAUGAGCCUGCGCCAGAAUUCUCCCUCCCUGAUGUGAACGGACACAUGUUCAAGUUUCCCCCUGAAGAACAGGGGGUGCGAGUGAAGAAACCUAUUGCAUUGUUCUUCUACCCCGAGGCAGGAACGUUUGGUUGCACUCGCGAGGCCUGUCAAUUUCGUGAUGCAUUGGUUGAGAAAGAGAUCUUCAAGCGGACUGAUGUCCAGGUCAUCGGGAUAAGUUCCGAUCCUGUGCCAAAGCAGAAGCGAUUUGUUGAGAGUCAGAACCUCACAUACCCUGUCCUGAGCGACGAGAAGCACGUUGCGUAUCAAGCUUUCCAUGUCGGCAAGGGCAUUAUGGGAUUUGGCGACGCCAGAAUAACUUUUGUCAUCGACAGUGAAGGCAUGAUCAGGGAUUCGUUAUCUGCAAACGUAAAUUUCAAUGCCCACGUCAAAUUUGUCACUAAGGCCCUGGAAAAACUGGAGUCUCAGCCUUCUGUCAGGUCUCCGUCAGAGACCAGUGACGCGGACGCUGCUGCAGCGCGUUCCGAAUCUUCCGAUGACUCUUCAUUGUCACAAACUCGUGACGAGUUGAGUCGGGUUGCAUACGUGGUCGGUGCGUGACGAGUUCGUCUCGUGUUU